GCCCUUCCAAUGCUAUAUAUUGCCCAAUAACCUUCAAAGUCUUCAAACUUCAAGAGUCGAUCCAAUUUCAAAGAAAGAAAAAAAAAAUAGAAAAUGGCAUGCUGGUCACCUGAAAGUGCAACCAAAGCCUAUCUCAAAGCAAUAAAAAUGGGAAAGAGUGCUAAAGAGCCAGAUGUAUCAGAAUUCAUCUCAGCACUUGUUGCUGGAAACAAUGCACAACUGAUGGUCGUGGCGUGUGCUGGUGCAGCCGAUUCCACCACACUAGCCCUUGUGGCUGCAGCUCAGCAAACUGGUGGUAGAGUCGUUUGCAUUCUCCGUGAAUUCGAUAAAUUAAAUCCAUCAAUUGAAUUUCUACAACAUAACGCUAUGCACGUUGAAUUUGUAAUUGGAGAUGCCAAAACUCUACUAGUUAACGAUUACAGAAGAGCAGAUUGUGUAGCAAUUGAUUGCAACAUUAACAACUUUGAACCUAUUUUUAAAACAGCACGAAGAAUUGGGGGAAGUACUGCCAUUGUUUUAGGGUACAACGCGUUGCAAAUGGGAUCGUGGAGAUGUGCAAGCUUUAAUGCGCAUUUGUUACCCAUAGGAGAGAGUGGUUUGUUGAUGACUAGAAUGACACGAAAAGGCAGUGAUUUGGGCGUUUCGGAGAAAAAGAGUCGUUGGAUCGUUAAAGUGGAUCAAUGUACAGGGGAAGAACAUGUAUUCAGGGUCAGAUCUCCACAUGGAAAAUCACUUGAGGCAUAGGUUUUGAUUUAGUGCUAUUUGAUAUAUAGAUUGUAGAGUAUACACUAUAAUAUUUUUCCAGUAUCUGAAAUAAUAAGCAGACAUUAGCAGGCUAUGCAUUUUGAUCCAGAGAUUUAAUCGUGUUAUAGUAGACUCACAAGUUAGCUGUUGAGGUUGAAUAUACCUUUACAUGACAUUUGAGCCAGAUUUAUACCUGUUUGGGCUCCUGGUCGAUCAGAUUUACUCAUUCUCCAUUUAAAUGCUGUCAAGCCUAAUCAAUGACAUUGGAUUAUGAAAUGAAGCAAAUAUAAUUUCAUCUUUAAA